UGGUUCAUCUGGAAAACCAGACAGGACUGCAGAAAAUCUAAUUAAAUAAUGCAUGUCAGAAAUAGUACUGGAAAAUUUGCGGCGAAACAUUCCAAAUUUGUGGAUUUAAAUAUGGAAAAAAUAACAAAAGCACCGUUGUAUAGUCGUAUGAACGGAAUCAUUUAUCCUUCCAUGUUUUCCCCAGCAUGCUUCAGAGAAGCGCUGAACUACAAGGCUCAACCUAAUGACAUCUUUAUUGUUACUUAUCCUAAAUCUGGCACAACUUGGAUGCAGCAUAUACUCUUGUAUAUUUUACGCAAAGGAAAAGAACUAAAAAUCGAUAAAACGGGUGACUUGGACUUGUCGGAAUUCAUCAAAUAUUGCCCGUUCAUCGACAUGUAUGGAUUUGAAGGCAUUCAGAAGAUGAAGAAGCCCGGAUGUAUUAAAACGCAUCUACCUUACAACCAUCUCUCAUUGUCCCCUGAAGCAAAGUAUAUAUUUUUUGCGCGGAAUCCAAAAGAUUGCUGCGUAUCUUUUUAUCAUCACGCACGAAAUCAUCCAGGCUUCAAAUAUUGGGAUGGCAAUUUUAAUGACUUUUUUGAGCUUUUUAUGGAUGGGGAAUUGGAGUAUAAUGAUUAUUUUGAUCAUUUGCUCUCUUGGUAUCCCCAUCGUAAUGAUUCGAACGUCUUUUAUACAACGUUUGAAGAGAUGAAAAAAGAUAUUAGGAGCGUUGUAGUGUCUGUUUCGCAAUUUUUGGAUCAAGAAUGCACUGAAGCAAUUGAGAAAGACAAUUCUGUUCUCAACAAUAUUAUUCUGUUCAGUAGUUAUGAAUAUAUGCAGAAACAUUAUAGCAGACCAAGCCUUUCCGGCAUGAAAGUGUCGAAUUCUGAAACUUAUUCUGGAGUUAAAUACGUAGCUGAGUUCAUCACCAGUUUGAAUUUACCUUCUAGGGUUUUAGCAAAGAGCAAUGUUAGAAAAGGAGUUGUUGGAGACUGGAAAAACACAUUGAAUUGUGGGCAAAGUCAAAGAUUGACAGAAAAAUUUUUUGAAAAAACAAGAAACACUGACAUCAAAAAUUGGUGUCGUUUUUUGCAAAUUCCUAUGCCUUUUCCUUAG